AUGGGAAAAAUAAUAUUUCGGAGAGCGACUGGCGUUGAUCUUAUUAAUGAUACUUACAAUUAUAACUCGGAAGCUAAAUUUGUUGGGUUUUUUAACUUCACUUCUCCAAUGAUAUUGAUUCGUGAUUUGGAAUUGAUAAAGAGUAUUACAGUAAAGAAUUUUGAUCACUUUGUGGACCACAAAAGUUUAUCAGAUCCUGAAAUGGAUCCGUUGUUCGGAAGCAAUCUAUUCAGCCUGAGUGGCGACCGGUGGCGACAAAUUCGGACUCUACUUAGCCCCGCUUUUACGUCCAGUAAAAUGAAAGGAAUGUUUAAAUUGAUGUCCGAGUGUGCGAGUAAUUUUUCAGAUUUUUUAGUAGGUCAAGUGCAAAACAACUUAAUUGAAUUUAACUCGAAAGAUAUUUUUACGCGAUAUACAAAUGAUGAUGACCUGAAUACAUCAGCUUAUUUGCCUUUUGGACUUGGACCCAGAAUGUGCAUUGGAAAUCGUUUCGCUCUUUUAGAAAUAAAAGUUCUCUUCUUCUAUCUUCUUGCUAAAUGUAAUAUCAAGAUUUCUGAUAAAAUGAUUCUGCCAAUGCGAUUUUGUAAAUCGAGUAUUACUUUGAUGGCCGAAGGUGGCUUCUGA